GAGGAGCGGAAGCAAACUUCAGCGGUCUCCGAGGAUCCGUGGUUCCUGCAUUUGGAGGAGCCCCGUGCCAGAAGGCGGAGGACCCCACGGGGAACGAGGAGGAGCCGCGAGCCUCCCCUGUCCCCUCUGCGAGGCCGGAGCCGUGGACUGAGCCGCGCGGGACAGCAGCGGCAGGGUGAAGAUGCGGGGCUCGGGGCCCCGGGGUGCGGGACGCCUGCGGCCCCCGGGCGGCGGUGGCAGGAACCCCCCCAGCCCCCCUGCGUCUCUGGCCGGCUGCUACUCCGCCCCUCGCAGGGCCCCCCUCUGGACGUGCCUUGUCCUGUGCGCCGCGCUCCGGACCCUCCUGGCCAGCCCCAGCAACGAAGUGAAUUUACUGGAUUCACGUACUGUCAUGGGCGACCUGGGAUGGAUUGCUUUUCCGAAAAAUGGGUGGGAAGAGAUUGGUGAAGUUGAUGAAAAUUAUGCCCCUAUCCACACAUACCAAGUAUGCAAAGUUAUGGAACAGAAUCAGAAUAACUGGCUUUUGACCAGUUGGAUCUCCAAUGAAGGUGCUUCCAGAAUCUUCAUAGAACUCAAGUUUACUCUGCGGGACUGUAACAGCCUUCCUGGAGGCCUGGGGACCUGUAAGGAGACUUUUAACAUGUAUUACUUUGAAUCAGAUGAUGAGAAUGGGAGAAACAUCAAGGAAAACCAGUACAUCAAAAUUGAUACCAUUGCUGCCGAUGAAAGUUUUACAGAACUUGAUCUUGGUGACCGCGUCAUGAAACUGAAUACGGAGGUCAGAGAUGUGGGACCUCUAAGCAAAAAGGGAUUUUAUCUUGCUUUUCAAGAUGUGGGUGCUUGCAUUGCUCUGGUUUCUGUGCGCGUGUACUAUAAAAAAUGCCCUUCUGUGGUACGACACUUGGCUGUCUUCCCUGACACUAUCACUGGAGCCGAUUCUUCGCAGUUGCUGGAAGUGUCGGGCUCCUGUGUCAAUCAUUCUGUGACAGAUGAACCACCCAAAAUGCACUGCAGCGCUGAAGGGGAGUGGCUGGUGCCCAUCGGGAAAUGCAUGUGCAAGGCAGGAUAUGAAGAGAAAAAUGGCACCUGUCAAGUGUGCAGACCUGGGUUCUUCAAAGCCUCACCUCACAGCCAGAGCUGCAGCAAAUGUCCACCUCACAGUUAUACCCAUGAGGAAGCUUCAACCUCUUGUGUCUGUGAAAAGGAUUAUUUCAGGAGGGAGUCUGAUCCACCCACAAUGGCAUGCACAAGACCCCCCUCAGCUCCUCGGAAUGCCAUCUCAAAUGUUAAUGAAACUAGUGUCUUUCUGGAAUGGAUUCCUCCUGCUGACACUGGUGGAAGGAAAGAUGUGUCAUAUUAUAUUGCAUGCAAGAAGUGCAACUCCCAUGCAGGUGUGUGUGACGAGUGUGACGGUCAUGUCAGGUACCUCCCCCAGCAAAUCGGCCUGAAAAAUACCUCUGUCAUGAUGGUGGAUCUGCUCGCUCACACAAACUAUACCUUUGAGAUUGAGGCAGUGAAUGGAGUGUCCGACCUGAGCCCAGGAGCCCGGCAGUAUGUGUCUGUAAAUGUAACCACAAAUCAAGCAGCCCCCUCUCCAGUCACCAAUGUGAAAAAGGGGAAGAUUGCAAAAAACAGUAUCUCUUUGUCUUGGCAAGAGCCAGAUCGCCCCAAUGGAAUCAUCCUGGAGUAUGAAAUCAAAUAUUUUGAAAAGGACCAAGAGACCAGCUAUACAAUUAUCAAAUCUAAAGAGACAACUAUAACUGCAGAAGGCUUGAAACCAGCUUCAGUGUAUGUCUUCCAAAUUCGAGCACGCACAGCAGCAGGCUAUGGUGUCUUCAGUCGAAGGUUUGAGUUUGAAACCAUCCCAGUGUCAGUUGCAGCAUCCAGCGAUCAAAGCCAGAUUCCUAUAAUUGCUGUGUCUGUGACAGUGGGAGUCAUUUUGUUGGCAGUGGUUAUCGGCUUCCUCCUCAGUGGAAGUUGCUGCGAAUGUGGCUGUGGAAGGGCUUCUUCCCUGUGCGCUGUUGCCCAUCCAAGCCUAAUAUGGCGGUGUGGUUACAGCAAAGCCAAACAAGAUCCAGAAGAGGAAAAGAUGCAUUUUCAUAAUGGGCACAUUAAACUGCCAGGAGUAAGAACUUAUAUUGAUCCCCAUACCUAUGAGGAUCCUAAUCAAGCUGUCCAUGAAUUUGCCAAGGAGAUAGAAGCUUCAUGCAUCACCAUUGAAAGAGUUAUCGGAGCAGGUGAAUUUGGUGAAGUUUGUAGUGGACGUUUGAAACUUCCAGGAAAAAGAGAAUUACCUGUGGCAAUCAAAACUCUGAAAGUAGGCUAUACCGAAAAGCAACGCAGAGAUUUCCUGGGUGAAGCAAGUAUCAUGGGGCAGUUUGAUCAUCCUAACAUCAUUCACUUAGAAGGUGUAGUGACCAAAAGUAAACCAGUGAUGAUAGUGACAGAGUAUAUGGAAAAUGGCUCCUUAGAUACAUUUUUAAAGAAAAACGACGGGCAGUUCACUGUGAUUCAGCUUGUUGGCAUGCUGAGAGGCAUCGCUGCGGGAAUGAAGUACCUUUCCGACAUGGGCUACGUGCACAGAGACCUUGCUGCCAGAAACAUCUUAAUCAACAGUAACCUUGUGUGCAAAGUGUCUGACUUUGGACUUUCCAGAGUGCUGGAAGAUGAUCCUGAGGCAGCCUACACCACAAGGGGAGGCAAAAUUCCAAUCAGAUGGACUGCCCCAGAAGCUAUCGCUUUCCGAAAGUUUACCUCUGCCAGUGAUGUCUGGAGCUAUGGAAUCGUGAUGUGGGAGGUUGUGUCUUACGGAGAGAGACCCUACUGGGAGAUGACCAAUCAAGAUGUGAUUAAAGCAGUUGAGGAAGGCUACCGUCUGCCAAGCCCCAUGGACUGUCCUGCUGCUCUCUACCAAUUAAUGCUGGAUUGCUGGCAGAAAGAACGAAAUAGCAGGCCCAAGUUUGAUGAAAUCGUCAACAUGUUGGACAAGCUGAUACGUAACCCAAGUAGCUUGAAGACGCUGGUUAAUGCAUCGAGCAGAGUAUCUAAUUUAAUGGCAGAACACGGCUCACUGGGAUCUGGGGCCUACAGAUCAGUAGGUGAAUGGCUAGAAGCAAUCAAAAUGGGCCGGUAUACAGAGAUUUUCAUGGAAAAUGGAUACAGUUCAAUGGACGCUGUGGCUCAGGUGACCUUGGAGGAUUUGAGGCGGCUUGGAGUGACUCUUGUCGGUCACCAGAAGAAGAUCAUGAACAGCCUUCAAGAAAUGAAGGUGCAGCUGGUAAAUGGGAUGGUGCCGUUGUAACUUCAUUUUAAUGUCACUUCCUCAAGUGAAUGAUUCUGCACUUUGUAAACAAGCUCUGAGAUUUAUUUUAACAAAAAAGGGGAAAAAGGGAAUAUUCAGUGAUUUCUAAACCUUAGGGAGCAUUUGUUUCAGCCACAGAAUUUGUAACCAGUGUUUUCCUAAAAUCUCCUUAUCUUCCUCUUGGUGUCUUCAUUUUUCAUGAAGCAAAUAUAACCUGCAUGGAAUAAGAACAUGAGGUUAAAUGUUAUCUUAUGUUACAACAGCAAAAUCCUCCCCACUGCUUCUAGAAAAUUUUGUACAUGAAAUAUAUAACUCUAUACAGCACCUUUAUAGACUGAAUUAAGGCAGCCCCUCUCAAAACUUCCCAGAAUCUACUUGAAAGGAAAAGUCGUAUAGCCAUUUGUGGGCUAACAAAAGCUGCAAUUUACUGAAGUUUACUUCAAGUCGUAAUUGUCUACAUAAGUGUAUUGAAGAGCAAUAUGGUUAGAUAAUUUCUUAAUAGAUAUCUUCUUUCGUAAUUUUAAAAUGCUGUUACACAGCGUUAAGUUAUAGAAACUAGUGUAUAAACAUGUUGCUUGAGUGAGGACAAGUACAAUACAGGGUGUAUAUUUAUUUUUCUGUGUUAUAAAAUUUACUUUUAGUUGCUCUUCUAGAAACUAUUAGGUAAUAAAUGUGUAUAUACUGUAUAAUUUGCCAUAUACCCAGGAAUCAAUUUAAGUUGGAAUUUUGUGUGUGUAUGCUUUCACAUGUGUGCAUUACCAUUCUGCUUGCAUUUUUAAUGGCGUUUUAAUUUUAGUAACAUACAGGAACAAGUGUUCCAGAGUAGAAUAUCGAUAAGAAAAAUAGGGAAGCAGUAAAACAAAAUUGAACACAAGCUUGUGUCUUUUUUCCUCUCAUGUGUCCAAAAGCUACUAAAUCUCUUCAUUCACUAACAGGAAAUGUCUAUAAGAUUAAAUCCCCUUUGGCUUUUUAAAAACACUUUGUGAUAUCUGUGACAAUGGAGUUCUUCUAGCCAUUAAUCUUGCACCCCUGUAAGAAAUUUCACCUUUCUGAGUCCCAGAAAAUAUCUUGUCAAGCAAAGUUGACACCGAAGGGCACAUUUUCCGCAGGAUGUAGAAGGAUUUAACUGUGCAGGCUUCUGUUAAUGUUGUUAAAUCCAGGUACAUAGCACUAAGCAUUACCCCUAAGUGUUAAUCCUUUGUAACCAUCUCCCUUGUGGCCCAGCUCUAGAAAUUUUGUUACUAAGGCAGCAAUGGAAUGAUGAUAAACAUAUAUAUUUGGAAUCUUCCCUACUUCAAGACUUACGUUUCAUUUGUUAGUGGCUAUUUAUUCAUUUGGUAAUUUCAUCUUGUAUUCAGUUACAUCGAAUUGAAUUUAUUGUGAUGAAUCCAUCCAAAGUAUUAUUUAAUUGGCCUUAUAAAGGAAAUAAGAUAUGUUCUGUAUACCACACUUGGUGAAGACUGACAUUUGUGGUAUAAAUUCUACUUUUAUUAUAACUGGAACAAAACUGAGCUCCUUGGGGAAACAACCACAGUUUUUGUAGGAUUACACUUUAUAGAAAUUAUGGGAUGACAUGUGAUUAUUUAAGGAGCACAGCAUUUAAACAAAAUAUAGCCUAUUCAUGAUUUAUCAAUGGCAAUAGUAUAUAAGAGUAGCCUGGAUUAAUGAAUUCCAUAGGAAAUAUACCUGCAUUAUGUUAAUGGGUCUCUCUCUUUCUCAAGCACCCAUUUUAGUUGAAUGUUAGCACGUAAAGGAAUCAACUUUUGGGAAAUAACUUCUUUCUACCCUUCCCACCUUUUACUUAAGCAGUAAAGUAACUCUUUACUAAAGAAUAUAGCAAAAAAAAAAAAAAAGAAAAAGUUCUAAACAAUUUUCAAAUGGUAUUUUGAGUUCUGUCCAGUUAGUGCUAUAAUUCCUUUUUAGGUCUAUAUUAUACCAUGCGUCCGCACAAACUAUGCUUCAAGUAUACUGUAUUAGUUUAGUGAAAUUCCCAGAGAAAGUAGAGGGAUGUGGAUUUUACACCGUCUUGAUAAAAAUCACAAGUAAGCAGGUAUCACCAUUAUUAAAGAUGCAUUUGUUCAUUUUAAGAAACAUAAAAUUAACUAAUUCCUUUUGUACAAAAUAAUUGGAGAUUGUACUGCACUUUACUCAAUUUUGUAAAAAUAAUUGAAUCUAAGUGAUAAAGUAACAAUUGAAAAACUUCCAAGUAAGAAUACACUUAUUGAUUUAAAAGCAAAACUACCAUAAAUUUUGGAGCUGAUGGACUAACCACAAUUACUUACGCGUGACAAAGAUACUUUUUGAAUUGUCUUCUAACUUUAUAUGUUUAAAGAUGUUUGGAAGGUCAGGAUAGAGUAUAUCUAAGUGAUUAGAAUUUGAACUUACAAUGUAGACUUCCUCUUUUUCACAAAAGAACAUUAUAAAUUAAUUUGGAUCAGAUUUAUUUGCUCCCUUUGCAAUCUUGGUGGUCAUUUUGGAAAGCAAAUUGAGAUGAAAGUAAAACAGAUAGGAAUUUCAUCCAUAUCUCACUUUGGCUGAGAAUUUCUAAGGAAAGUCAAUAUGAUUUUAGAAGAAAUAAAGAGACUUUCAAAUAAGAUGUACUUCCUCCCUCCCCCUUAGAAAGGAAUAAUUCCUUUCUAAAAUAUUUGUUCACCACUGGAUAUGUCACCAAUUGGGAAGUGCCAAUCACAUCUAUAAAUGUGAGAAGUGGGACAAAGAGAAGAGGCAGCUCUUGUGAAAUGCAGUGAGGCGGUAACCCAGAGCAAGGUUUGACAAAUCUUGAUUGUGUGAUUUCUUAUCCUUUUGGUUCAUUUUGUCACCCACCAGACAACCAAAAAUAAAACAUACACUCAAUAAUUUUAGCACAUAAGAUAGAUUUGUCAAAUAAUAUAUAAUGUUACUGUAACUAUCAGUAACAAUACUGUUAGGGCAUGAGUCUUUCUCCAUGUUGAACUUUGAAAAAUAGGUACAAGAAGGGAGUCAUCUUCAACUUACUGAUACCUGUUAAAGUCACUCAAUUACUACUUUUAUCAAUCAUAAUUCAUUUCCUAAUCUUGCCAUUCGCUCCCAUGUAAAAAUGACAUAUUACCAGUUGUUCUUCUUGGCCUUUGAAAUGUAUGAAUUGUAUGUAAAAAUGUAAAGAUUCUGAUUUUCCCAUUUAAAAACAAAAAUUUAAUGUGCAUGGUCUUUUCUUUCUUGUAUCUUAAUCACCAAGUCAGUGUUCUAAAGUGACAGAAUUACUGUAAAAAUUAUAGUCUGACAUUCUAUCUAAACUUAACUGUGGCCAGCAUUAGUGUCAGAGUUGCCAAAACAAUACAGAAUAUCCUUAACUCAGUUCGUGAAAGAAUUUUAACCAUUUGGAAAUGGUGAAGAGAUAGUUUCAAAUGAAAAAUUAAUAUCAAUUGAACACAUGUAUUUGCAUGUCUGCUAUUUAAUCUCUAUGUGAAAGUCAAAGAUUGUUUUAACACCAUUCUUUCUCCCAUUUAAAAUGGGUUCUCAGAAGCACAAGCAGAGAUAUUUACCUGUGGAAGACAUUUUUGGCUGUAACUGUGCAUUGGAUGGCAAAUGCUAUCUGAGUCAGAUGUUAGAAAUUUACUAGAUGUAUGAUGUUGCAUAGUAGAAUAAGAUCCUUUUCUCAUUUUGUUUUUUCUAAAAUAAGGAAAAAGGAAGCUGAGUCUGAUAGUAAACUGUCUUUGCUUAUGUCCUGCCAGAUGUUUAAGAUCAAAGAAAAUAAAAAGUAGGUACAAUAAGAUGAUGAUGAUGAUAAAGAAUAAACAAUCAGAAUGCUAGUUUUAUUUGAGAUUAAUAACUAGAAUAAGUCAUUUUUUCAACUCUGUAGCACAGCUGGUUACAUUGAGUAUUUUUCUCUAUUAUGUUGUUAAUUAUAUAGUAAUGUAUCAAAGGAGAAAUAGAUAAGAACUUUCUUUUCAUUUCUUGUUGAUUUAUGAAAAAAUCUUUUUACACAUAAAAGAUUGAAUGUUCUUAUUCAGAAUGACCACGUAAUUAUGGCUUAGGAGAAGACACCAAUUCUUUAAACAAAAAAGUCUAUUUAUAAUAAUCAGAAUCAAAAGUCAUUUGUUUCUUUUAAAUGUAAAUGAAAAAAAUUGAAGGUGGCAAAAUAUGUCAUGUUUAUUCAGGCUGGGCUAUAUUAACGGUAGAAGUUUUAGUGGUCAACAUAUUUGUGAAUCUUCAGACUGCUAUAGUUUCACAAUUAAUUAUUUAAAAGUGUGCAAAUUUCAUUUCUAAUAGUCUGGGAAUAAAACUUAGACUCGGUCUUUUGUUAAUAUGUUUAUGAAAGUCUCUUAGUUUCAGGCAGAUAAGAAGCAGCGGUAUAGCGCAUCUUAUUCUAUGCUAGGCACCAGAAUAUCUCAAGCCCCUGCCUCAGCGUUACUUCCAUGAGAAAUUAGCAUUUCUGUAUUGUUUUUCCCCAUUUGAAGCUCUAUGUGCAUUUGCUUUGUGUACAUGUUUUUGUAGUGUAAGAUAUGAAAUUUUAUAUUUUUUCAGAAAAUAA